AAAUGGACAACCGACACCAUGCCGCCCUCGCAAAAUUCGUACUCCUUCGCUGUGACGAAACGAGAAAUCCCCCAGCUCCAGGCCCCCGUCGCAGCAUUAAUUUGACUCCCCUGUGACGAGACGAGAGGACAUCAAGCAAAUCUACGCAAGAAAGGCGCCAUCAUUCCGAUCCGGCUCGGCCGCUCAUCUCGCCGGCCGACCACGGACUUCGGCGUCGCAAAAGAUCUGCUGAGCCGCGAGGCGUACGGGCAGUGGCCGCGCUAGGGCGUGCCCACUUCGCCCCCAGCUCCCCCUGUCCCCCUCUCUCCUCCUAGCCGCCAGCUCGCCAGUGGAGGAGGUAAAGCUCCCUAGUCUCCACAUCAGACCUAGGUAAGCUCCUCCUCUCCGGCUCCGGGCAGCCAAGGCAGAAACGCGGCUUCCCCUGAUUACUUCCGCGCUUGAUUCGAGAGCAACUCGUCGAAUUGAGUGCCUCCCAUGGCUCCGCCGUCUCCGCUCCUCAGCUCCCCGGCGUCGAUCGUCGUCCUCCUCCUCCUCGCCUUCUUCCAAGGGCCCGUGGCGGGCGCCAUCACGUUCACCUUCGCGAACCGGUGCACGGACACGGUGUGGCCGGGGCUGCUCUCGGGCUCGGGCUCGCCGCCGCUGGAGACCACCGGCUUCGCGCUGCCGCCGGGGCAGUCGCGCUCGCUCUACGGGCCCACGGGGUGGUCGGGCCGCUUCUGGGGCCGCUCCGGCUGCGACUUCGACGGCCGCGGCAAGGGCACCUGCGCCACGGGCGACUGCGGGUCCGGCGAGGUCGAGUGCCGCGGCGCCGGGGCCACCCCGCCCGCCACGCUCGCCGAGUUCACCCUCGACGGCGACGGCGGCAAGGACUUCUACGACGUCAGCCUCGUCGACGGCUACAACCUGCCCAUGCUCGUGCAGCCGUCCUCGCCGGGAUGCCCCGACACCGGCUGCCUCGUCGACCUCAACGAGCGCUGCCCCUCCGAGCUCAGCUCCGCCGGCGGCCGCGCCUGCCGCAGCGCAUGCGAGGCCUUCGGCAAGCCAGAGUACUGCUGCAACGGCGCCUACGCCACCCCGGACACGUGCCACCCCUCACAGUACUCGCAGCUCUUCAAGAGCGCAUGCCCAAAGUCCUACAGCUACGCAUACGACGACGGCACAUCCACCUUCACCUGCAACCACACCGAUUACACCAUUACCUUCUGCCCACAGUCAAAUCCAAACAGCGGAAAGGGCAAGCAUGCGUUGCGGAGGCCGAGCCAUGAGCAGCUCGAAGACGACGUGUGGCUGGGGAGCUUGAAGAAAACCAGCGGCGCCGGUGCUCUCGGCGCCUCAUCAUGGUCCGCGUCUGGAGCUUUCCAGACCACCCUAGCAAUUGCAGUGAUGAUCAUGCUUUCCAUAGCGGAGGCGCAUCCUCUCUUUGGGUUUCUAUGACCGGAGGACAAGGUAGGCGGUUCUUCAUCUGUAGGAGCAAUCCGAAUAGUUGUUCUCGGAUCAGAGCAAUAGGGGAGGAGACGCGGAGAGCAUGUUCUUUACGCCCUUUUUGCUUGUUGGUAAAGAAUGCGAGGCGUCCUCAAGUUGCCGACUCUAGGAGUUCUGCUAGUGGUAUUUCACAUUGCUUUAUUGCCUUUUCAAAAACAUUGUUCUCUGAAUUAUAUAUUAUUCUUUUUUGUGCAUAA